AUGACUGCCAUUCUAAGCGCAUUGACAAUUUCAGCAGCACCAAUGUUUUCUCUCUUGGCUGCAGACAUUGUGGUGCUCACGGUUGCGCCCACAAAGCUUUGGAGGGUGGCAGUCUUCUCAGUGGAGCCGGAGGUUGGGCCGUUGACUGGGGGUACAGAGGUGACUCUUGAGGGGGAGGGGUUCAGCCCGCCUAUGUCGUGCAUGCUCAGCAAUGGCACCUUCGCGCAGACAGUGAACGCAAAGGUGCAGAAUGGAUCACUGGCAACUUGCGUUGUGCCCCCAUGGCCCAUCAUCAGCCUCAACGGAACAAAUGGGACCAUAGUGGAUUUCAAGGUGGCGAUAAACAGCUGCUUGUUUGGCUUCAGCUAUGGGUAUUAUCUGAAUCCUCUGGUCAGGCGUGUGCACCCAGAGACUGGGCCCCGCUAUGGCAGCUUUCCGCUGACACUUUACCUAGAGGACAGCCUGGAUGUGCUGAUGGGUGGCAAGGAGGAGAUGCUGAGGCCAGCGCUGAGGAUUCAGGGCGCCAGCGAGGAUGGGGGAGACCUGCUGUUGCAAGCAAAUCUGACAGAGGAUCGGCGAGCCAUCAUGGCCACAACUCCCUCCAGCACUGGGCCCCUGACAGCUGGGAGCCACCUGCUGCACGUCUCCCUUAAUGGGCAGUUUGCUGGGCUGAACACCAGCGACAUGGUGAUUAAUGUGGAGGGGCCUGUAGCGGCCAUGGGAGCACCAUACAUUUACAGAAGCGGAGCUGGAGCCUUGGAGGUCUCGGUGAAUUUGGAUGGCCCCAAUGCGCUGUUUGUGACAGCCCAGCUAACUGUAGCCCAGCGCUUGCUCUCGUCAGAUGGCAGGACGCUGGUGAAAGCGCUGUCAGCGCCGGCAGCUGCAACGCUGCUGAGCACAGACAUUGUGUCAUGGAUGCCUGGUGAGAGCGGCAGGCGCAAUGUGACGCUGCAUUUGGGGCUGCUCGAUGCCUCACAGCCGCCCCAGGCGCUGCUUCUCAGGCUUGGCAAUGUCACCAAUGCUGAUCUCAGCCUGGAGCAGAGCAGCACAGUCAUCUCAGACAUCCCUGCCGCUAACCUCACCACUGGUUUCACUCUCAACCCAAACCAGGUGGCCUAUCCUGGCGAUGCAGUCAUCGUGCCAGUCAGUAUACGAAACCCGCUGCUACGAGCUCCUGCGGCCGUGUUUUACACAGUGGAAUCCACCACCGGGGAGGACCCAGCAGAGUACAUCCCAGAGGAGGCUCUGGAGGGCGUGCUGUCCUGGGACCAGGACGUGGGCAGAUCACUGAACCUGACCCUCCCAGUCAACUGGAGCAGUGUGCCACCAGAGGCAGAGUACCGGCUGAGCGUCAAAGUGGAGGCAGCCUGGCAGGCUGAGGUGGAGGGUCCUGCCGGGGGAGCUAUUGCUGUGCACCUCUUUGGGGUGCAGCCUGGCCAGUGCCCGCCCGGCUCCUACAGGCAGAACAGCACGGAGCAGGAGCUGGAGCAGAGGCAGCCAGAGUAUGGGGUGGGGCAAGACGCGCGGCUGCAGGCCAUUGUGGUGCGCAGCGCAAACGGCAGUGUCUUUGACCUGUCGUCCACGUUCCGCCCCAACGUAGCAGAGUAUGGAGUUGCCGUGCCGCCCUCCUUUGGCUACGGCUCCCUCUGCCUGCUCCCCAUCCAGGAGGAUGCACUUGUGGAAGUUUAUGGGCCUGAUGCCGCACACAUUGAGGAGAGGCGGGUCGCCAAGGAGGGCACUGACGAUGUGCACAACCGCCGUGCGCUGCUGGGGGAUGGGAGUGCACCAGGCGCCGUCGCCGCUGCUGAUGCACCGGUCAUGCCAGCUGGGCUGCCCUUCCAGGCUCCUGCAGCUGCCCCGUUGGUCUCCCCGGGCGGCAAGGCGGUUGCGCUCGGGCAGGCGGGUGUUGCGGCGAUGCCCGCCAAGGCCGGCGCGGUUGCUGCCGCGGGGGAUGUGUGUCGCAGCCGCUCCUGGCCGCUGGCUCUGGAGCCAGGCCAGAACCAGUUCACCCUCAUGGUUACUGCUACGCCCAUGGCUCCAAUGGCGUCGCAUGUGAACAGCAGCAAAAUGGCGCUGGUGCAGCUGCAAGGCAGGCCGGUGAAUGCGACCACCUCUGGCCCUUCCGAGUCGCCUGCUGCGGCUGCGCCCUGGCGACCGAGCCCCAGCCUUCUAGGUGCAAGCGGCCCUGCCAAGGCGGCUGUGGGUCCGGCAAACAGCUCGGUCGUGUACUCUCUGUCAGUGGUGCAGCUGGCUGACCCGGAGCAUGCUGAGAUGACACAGCUCAACGCCACCACGUCCACCAAGGAGUUAUUGUGCGUCUGUGGAGAGGGCUGUCCUGGGGCUACAAGGAACUCCAGUGGAGCGGCCGGGGGUUGCAGGCCAAACUUGCCGAUGUGGCUCAAUGUGAGCCAUAGGACGGACUGGGUGAGCCUGCAACCAGGGCUUAGGUGGCCGGGCGUCCCAGGGCUGCGCGUGGAGGUCAAUGGACAGGUGCUCAGCCAGGGAGGGGAUGUGAGCGCAGACCAGGUGGAGGACACCACUGCAGAGACUCGCACCAGGGCUCAGGCGGACUUCCUGCCAGUAGCGCUGGUGCUGGGCCUCAGCCCGGGUGUGCCAGUGGAGGUGCCCAUAGUGGUCAUUGCUGAGGAUGGCGUCACUUCGCUGCGAUACUUCCUGCACAUUGUGCGUGACCAGCCGCCGGCCAAUGCCACGUCACCGGCAUCUUCAGCGGAAGGCAGCGGGGGCUUUGUGGGCGGCAGCAUUGGCGGGAGUGUGGGUGGGAGCCUGGCGAAUGGGCCCUCCAGCGGCGCGCUGCAUUUUGUGCGCAGCGGGGCAGGGAUGGGUGGGGCGGUUGAUGAGAAGGACAGCAAGGCUGCUGACCUGGCGACCACGCUCGCCGCGCAGGAGGCACCCCUGCAGCCAGGGUGGCCAGUGCCUCCAUCGCGGCAGCCAUGGUGCGGCACAUGCCCCGCGGGGUGGGCCAGCACCACAAUCAAUGCGCAGCACUGCAGUCUCUGUAGUCCAGGCAGCUUUGCAGCGUCGCGGCGGAGCCCUGAGUGUGCGCCAUGCGCCAAUGGCACCUACGCCUACUCAUGGGGCUCAACGCACUGCAACCACUGCAUCAUCGGUACCUACGCACCACGCCAGGGAUCCAAGCUGUGCAUGAUGUGCCCGACCAACACAACUAACCUGGAGGACGGGUCUUACGAUUGCCCUGUGGCGGUGCUGCCAGGCGCCAGCUUGGCCGCGCGCUACGCAGUCAUCGUCUCCUUUGGCGUCUACCUCAAUGGCACAUCUCUCGAUGACAUUGCGCACAAGGUGGGCGUGAAUGCAUCUAGUGUGGCAAUCCUGGAGCACCUCAUCAGGUCAGACACUGCGUCAGCCUUCAAUAUUUCAGUCGGCGACGUCAAUGUCACAGGCAUCUCUCAGGUGUCACGACGGGUGCUGUAUGUGAACGUCACAGCAACGCUUGGCGUGGAUGUGCCGCCCAACGCCUCUGCAGACGACAUCAAGACUGCGCUGGAGGUCACCAACCUCAGCGCAGAUGAUCCCAUCGCGAUGCUGGCAGACAACCCUGACAGGUUCUUUGGCCGCACCACCAAGGCGUUGGAUGUCACAGCGGAGCCGGAUGGGGUGCCGCCACAGAGGAAGGAAUAUCGGCCGGGCGGCGGCCGCUCAGCGCUGGCGGCAGCGUGGCCCGCCAUUGCGGGCGUCUGCUUGGCUGUGCUUCUGGGCGGCUGCGCGGCCCUCAACCUAUUGCGGCGGCGCAGCAAGCGCGCUGCGCGUCUCUACGAUGCGUUGUUGGAGCGCUGCAGCCGCUGCCACCCCAAUCGCCGCAUCGGAUGGGCUCCGCAGGUGAACGCGACUGGGGCUGAGGAUGCCAGCAAUGUGACCCUGAGUGGAGGCGGGCUGACGGCGCGGUCAAAACGGGCGUCAUUCAUUCAGGUUCAAGACGCUGAGCCCAUGUACACGUUCACAGCCUACUCGGAUGGCCAGAUGCGCCGCAGCAAGUAG